AUGUGGUGGAGCUAUGAGAAGAGCAGUGCCAUUGGAUUGCAUUCGUCUGUGCCAUAGCUUUUGUAGAGAGACAAGCCAACUAAAUUCACCUUAUAAUAAUAAUCUUAUUAUAAGGCUUCGACUAUUUUUAUUUUACGCAAAUGUGGAUUAAUCUGGAUUGAUCGGAUAUUAGUGACUAUUAUUGUUGAUUAUUAUCCUUUUAUUAUUAUUUCUAUUUGCAUUAUACAUUAUUUUCAACUCCAAAUUGCAACGUCAUAAUUGUCUACUACAGUUUCCAAUCGGAAUGAGCCUGUUUUGCACCUCCUGAGGAUACAAGGCUUGAGUCUGGAUUCAAAAUGAAGUUAAAGUUUUUUUCCGGUGGGCUCUAUACGACCACCGCUAGCCUACAACUCCGUCGGCAGUUGAUAUUGUCAAUUGAAAACGUGAUGCUGUAGCCUAUUGUAGUUCAUUGACGGUAGAAAUGUUAUAAUUGUUUCUCCAUGUGAGACAUUCUCGAAUGUGGAUCACUGAAAACGAUGUAUACCGAGGCGGCUAAUUUAAAUUUCAGCUCGAAUGGAAGCAUCGACGAUCCACUGAGCUCUCUGGAUCAAGAAUGGAACGAGCCCCCGGCGAAAAGACUGUCUCGGACGGGACACCAUGUUAUGUCCUUCUUCCUUGGAUCUAUUAUGGUUUUUGGUUUCAUCAAUAACCUGGUGGUAUUGAUCCUGUUUAUUAAGUUCAAAACUCUGCGGACUCCUGUGAACAUGCUUUUGCUGAACAUCAGCGUGAGUGACAUGCUGGUGUGCCUCUGUGGCACCACGCUCAGCUUCGCCUCCAGUCUACAAGCACGCUGGUUGUACGGGAAGCACGGGUGCAUGUGGUACGGCUUCGCCAACUCUUGUUUCGGAAUUGUGUCGCUAAUCUCGCUGGCCUUCCUCUCCUAUGACCGCUACAGCACCUUAACCGUGUACAACAAGCGGGCCCCCGACUACCGCAAGCCUCUGCUGGCUGUGGCGGGCUCCUGGCUCUACUCCCUGUUCUGGACAGUGCCCCCCCUGCUGGGCUGGAGUAGUUACGGCCUGGAGGGGGCCGGGACCAGCUGCUCGGUCACCUGGACAUCCCAGACUCCCCAAUCUCACUCCUACAUCAUCUGCCUGUUCAUCUUCUGUCUGGGGCUGCCUGUGCUGGUCAUGGUCUACUGCUACGGGAGGCUGCUCUACGCUGUCAAACAGGUGGGGCGGAUCCGUAAGUCGGCAGCGCGGCGGAGAGAGUUCCACAUCCUGUUCAUGGUGAUCACCACGGUGGUUUGUUACCUGCUGUGCUGGAUGCCCUACGGCGUGAUCGCCAUGAUGGCCACCUUUGGACACCCGGGCCUCAUCACCCCCAUCUUGACCGUGGUGCCCUCCAUCAUGGCUAAGAGUAGCACAGUCAUCAACCCCCUCAUCUAUAUACUCAUGAACAAACAGUUCUACAGGUGUUUCCUGAUCCUGUUCCACUGCAAGCGGCCCAGUUCUGAGAACGGCGUCUCCUCCAUGCCUUCCAAGACCACCGUCAUCCAGCUCAACCGCCGGGGUCACAGUAACAACGUAGCAGUCACGCCCCAGCUCUCCACCGGCACCAACCACCAUCCCCACACAGUGGAGUGCAGCACUAACAACCGUGAAGUCACCACCCCAGUCUCCGAACAGACCAGCCCAGACCCCAAACAAGAGAUCACCUCCUGUGGACAGCCGCCUACCCCCCUCUCUACCCCCCGAAGCCCCUCUCAACCCACCCCCCCUUUCCCCCACGUGACAAACGCUAUCCAGUGAUCCACUGUGUUAUAUGAUAGCGUCACCACCGAGAACUCUAGAGGGUAUGGUGUUAUCCCUGGCAUUUGUCAUUUGGUGUCGCGCCCCCCCCAAAAAAAACUGUCUACACAGUGAUCUCUCAUGUGGCGUCACCCAACAACUCUCCAUAGUGAUUUGUCAUCAUGAGAACGCCUCAGACUACCCAUAAAAUGAUCCAUCAUGAGUCAUUGGGUCACCAGAGAACUCUUCUAUACAGUCAGUGACCUAAUCCACAACGUUACCCAGACAGAACUAUCAAUAUCUUCUACUAACAAAGUGAUCUAUUCCAAGUCAUCACCCCAUAAACUAACCUGUGAUCUAUUAUCUUAUAAAAACAGGGUAUCCCAACUGGCGGCCUGCAGGUGGAUUUAUUUGGCCCCGCAAGUUCAUAGCAAAAUACAUAUUAUAUAUUGGAAUUUACAUUGUUGGACGCAAGACUAAAAACACCAUGAAAGCAGCUCCAAUUGAUUUUAAGUUUUGAAAUGAUUAUGCUUUAGUAAAUGUUAUCUGUUUUGACUUCUACAGCAACUGUUCUGUCCCCCCGCCCAUCCGCUCAAGAAAAAAAUAAAUACGUCGGCCCGCGGCUGAAUCUAGUUGAUGAUCCAUGUUAUCGAAGGUGUGUCAACCGCCCCAACCCAGCUAGAUGGUCAACUGUUACUUUGUCACUCAGUAAAAGGUGUAGAUAUCUUCCUGUCAAGUCUUGCCAUGAGAACGCAAUAGUGUGGUGGUUACUUAAACAUAAAAACUUGUAUUUUUCCUCAACUUCUGUUUUCCUAUUGUUACGUCGAUAGACCCCAGAGUUGUAUUAAGACUGCAGCGGCUUUAGUGUUGUCAUUACUGUUACAGUACCUAAAAGGCUUUUGUCAUAACUGUUAUACACGGAACCCAACCCGGCUGCGCGCGUGCAUCGUGCGCUUUGUAUUUUGUCCCCCACACCAAAUGCGAUCACGACACGCAGGUUAAAAUAUCCAAACAAACUGAAUAAAUGACAUUAAUUUGGGGACAGGUAAAAAAAAAAUCAUUAAACAUGUAUGGCAAUUUAGCUAGUUAUCUUGCACUUGCUAGCUAACGUUAAUUUGUCCGAUUUAGCUAGCUUGCUGUUGCUAGUUAAUUUGUCCUGGGACAUAAACAUUGAGUUGUUAUUUUACCUGAAAUGCACAAGGACCUCUACUCCGACAAUUAAUCCAUACAUAAAACGGUCAACCGAAUAGUUUCUAGUAAUGUAUCCUCCUUCCAGGCUUUUUCAUCGUUUAACUUAAAUGGUGAUCGCAUCUAAACGUUCAUUGUAUUACCACGACUACCGGCAAAACAGUCAGUCUUUCAGUCACCCACGUGGGUAUCACCAAUGGGAGAGGCCGGACUUGCAGUGCGACCUGCGUCAGAAAUAGGAAUGAGUUCUAUUUUAGCCCUUGGCGUCGCAGACGCUCGUUGGCGUGCGCAAUAAUUGAAUAACAUGGAUUUCUACAUUUAUUUUGCGGCGCACGCGACGUGUCCGGUCUGGUCAGCAUGUUACAGUAUACGGUCAUAACUGUGUUCAUUUCAAAUGAAGUGAAAUAGACAGUUCAUCUUAAUUGGUUCUAAAGCUUCUAUGAAGCCUAUGUGAAUGAUGUUGGUGAAGCUGAAUGCUUUGUGCCGCAUCUGUGAGAUCAAAUUGGGCCUCUUUAUUUGCUCAGUUUUUAUAUUUUAUAUUACACUUCAUAUCAGUUCUUGAAAUAAUAUGAAGGAUAAUCACAAUGUUUAUACAGAUAACUAAGGGUGUAAAUCACACAUAACCAUGUUCAUUUCUCGAUCGCACUAAGUUGCUAAAUCAAAAUGUUCACGCCUACUUUGUGGUUAUUAAAUCACUAUAUAGCUGUGGAUUAACUAUUUAAGAUCAUAUCUGUGCGCAAGAACAUUUUAUAGAUGAUGCAUCUGGGUGAACUGUGUAAAACUGGCUAGUAAUUACACUCUAAACCGGAAUUAAAUUUUUGGCAAUGUGAAGGGAUUUUCCAUUUCACUGCAGGGUGGGUAGGGUAAUAAACCAGAAACAGUUGGAGAAGUGUAACAGAAAGUGUGCAUGUUUGCAACACUUGAAGCCAUCAUCCCAUUGGGCAAAAGACAUCACAUCAAUGUUCAAUUGUCAGUUUGAAAUGUUGUUUACAAUUAUGACAAUGUGGAAACAAUGCUGACCCAACCAAUAUUUGCAUGUCGGGAUGACAGCCAGGCGUUGUAUGAAAGCCGCAACCUGUUAAAGUUACCAUCUUUCUGUGCCUGUAGUGUUGAGUCAUGCAGUAUCUGACUUUGCAUGUUGACAUGUGCCUAGGUCUACAAGUCUAAAUGAUGUACAUAGGUACCUACCAGAUCCCAGCAGGCAGUCAACAGCCUUGCACCCCACUGGGCUGCCACAUAGUGGCUGGCUGUAGCCAUCAUACGGCACUUGCUUGUCUUUAUCCACAUGACAAACUGAACAGCACCGCCUCUCACUGCCUAAUAAACUGUAACCCCAAAACAGUUAAAUAAAUGGACUGCAAUCCUCA